AUGAUUGAAGAUCUCUCAAUGUUAAAUUGUGCCGGUGGCCACUCAGUGACAACCAAAUCGGGCUGGUGGCCGCUCAGUGACAACCGAGUCGGGCUGGUGGCCGCUCAGGAACAACCGUGUCGGGCUGGUGGCCACUCAGUGACAACCGAGUCGGGCUGGUGGCUGCUCAGGGACAACCGAACCGGGCUGGUGGCCACUCAGGACAACCGAACCGGGCUGGUGGCCAAUCAGGGACAACCGAAUCAGGCUGGUGGCUGCUCAGGGACAACCGAACCGGGCUGGUGGCCAAUCAGGGACAACCGAACCGGGCUGGUUGCCAAUCAGGGACAACCGAAUCAGGCUGGUGGCCAAUCAGGGACAACCGAAUCAGGCUGGUGGCUGCUCAGGGACAACCGAACCGGGCUGGUGGCUGCUCAGGGACAACCGAAUCAGGCUGGCGGCCACUCAGUGACAACCGAACCGGGCUGGUGGCUGCUCAGUGACAACCGAACCGGGCUGGUGGUCACUCAGGACAACCGAAUCAGGCUGGUGGCCAAUCAGGGACAACCGAAUCAGGCUGGUGGCUGCUCAGGGACAACCGAACCGGGCUGGUGGCUGUUCAGGGACAACCGAAUCAGGCUGGUGGCCAAUCAGGGACAACCGAAUCAGGCUGGUGGCCAAUCAGGGACAACCGAACCGGGCUGGUGGCCAAUCAGGGACAACCGAACCGGGCUGGUGGCCAAUCAGGGACAACCGAAUCAGGCUGGUGGCUGCUCAGGGACAACCGAAUCAGGCUGGUGGCUGCUCAGGGACAACCGAACCGGGCUGGUGGCUGCUCAGGGACAACCGAAUCAGGCUGGUGGCCAAUCAGGGACAACCGAAUCAGGCUGGUGGCCAAUCAGGGACAACCGAACCGGGCUGGUGGCUGCUCAGGGACAACCGAAUCAGGCUGGUGGCCAAUCAGGGACAACCGAACCGGGCUGGUGGCUGCUCAGGGACAACCGAACCGGGCUGGGACAACCGAAUCAGGCUGGUGCUGCUCAGGGACUAUCGAACCGGGCUGGUGGCCAAUCAGGGACAACCGAACCGGGCUGGUGGCCAAUCAGGGACAACCGAAUCAGGCUGGUGGCUGCUCAGGGACAACCGAAUCAGGCUGGUGGCUGCUCAGGGACAACCGAACCGGGCUGGUGGCUGCUCAGGGACAACCGAAUCAGGCUGGUGGCCAAUCAGGGACAACCGAAUCAGGCUGGUGGCCAAUCAGGGACAACCGAACCGGGCUGGUGGCUGCUCAGGGACAACCGAAUCAGGCUGGUGGCCAAUCAGGGACAACCGAACCGGGCUGGUGGCUGCUCAGGGACAACCGAACCGGGCUGGUGGCCACUCAGUGACAACCGAACCGGGCUGGUGGCCAAUCAGGGACAACCAAACCGGGCUGGUGGCCACUCAGUGACAACCGAACCGGGCUGGUGGCCAAUCAGGGACAACCGAAUCAGGCUGGUGCUGCUCAGGGACUAUCGAACCGGGCUGGUGGCCAAUCAGGGACAACCGAACCGGGCUGGUGGCCAAUCAGGGACAACCGAAUCAGGCUGGUGGCCUCAAGAAUAUAAACCGAACAUUGGCUAA